UUUUGUAUACGAAUGGAUGGCCUGAAGAUGCUCUCGAAGUUACCUCAAAAGAUCCCGGACCCAUUCAACCUAUUGGGCGACCAGCCUAAACUCGCUUUCCGUAGCCAGCCGGGAGGCAUUGCCAAGCUUGCUACGACACGCAAUAUACCAGAGAAGGAUCUGUACUGGGACCAAUACGUCGUCCUAUUCGACUCUGCGUCGGACGUCUUCACUCUCAUAACACGUAACGAUGUCCGCCGCGCACUGAAAGAAGCACCCGAAAACGUCGCGACCCUCAUUCGUGUCAUCACCGCCCGUCUCUUCAACCUCGUCUCUGACCAUACGUUCCCCGCGCCCACAACUUCGUCCGUCUCGUCCCUCGCAACAUCGUUCUACCGUACAAGCACUGGCGCGGGCGCAGAGCGUAAUGCGACGAAGGAGGUCCUCAAUUGCAUUCGCGUGCUGCAGCGCGUGCUGCCAGUCGUGUUCGAGAUCGAGAGCGACCUGAGCAGGUUCGAGCAGGAGGUGCUGUGGAAGCGCGAGGAGAUGCCGGAGAGCGUGAGCGGAGCGGGUGGGCCGGUGGUCGAGGCGGCGAGCGCGCAGGCACAGUUCGUCAUCGAGGACGAUGACGAGGACGACGAAGAUGAAGACGGCGAGGGCGGGGGCUCGCGCGCACCGAAGACGCCGCAGCGGGCGACAUCGCACCAGGCGCAGGCGGGGCCGAAGGAGACGUUGCCCUCUGUUGCGGAGCGGCUGUUCAGCUGUCUCAUCGACUUGAUGUUCUGCUGUGGCUUCACGCUGCCGACGAAGAUCCAGAAAGACCACUACAAGAUAAACUAUGUCAUCUGGGAGAAGGGCGUCGGUUCCACAAUAGACCCCGGGCAGAGCCAACAGUACGAGCACAACAAGACCGAGGUUCUGAGGCUACUCCUUGUCCUACUCUCUCGACAAAUUUACACUCCGCCAUCAGGUCUCUUCACCUCCCCAUCCGUAUACACUCUACACUUCGUUCAAAACCUUCCGCGGCGUGACGUGCUGACUGUACUAUGCUCGCUCAUGAACACUGCCAUGAACGCGACACAUCCGGGCAGCGCAAACGUAAUGGGGACGGUGGCCGGGAGGUUGCCGUACAACCACCUGUUGCUCAAGGGCGAAGACCCACGGACAGCCCUCGUCUCGACAUGUUUCCAGGUUCUCUGUGUGUUGUUGGACUUCCAGAGCGGCACUGCACGCGAUGUUACUGCAGAUGGCCAGACCUCUGGGCCCACGGCAAAGACGAACGCAUUCAGGUAUUUCAUUGCCAAGCUGCAUCGGCCAAACGAUUUCGCCUUCAUUCUCCACGGCAUCUUGCUGACCUUCGAGGACCAAAUGUCGUCCAUUGGCAACCUCCUUCCCGGGUCCAAGAAGUCUGUGCCAUACAUGGUUGAGGCAGUGAUCUUCCUGUGGAAGAUGAUCGAGCUGAACAAGAAAUUCUGUACAUAUCUUCUCGACUCCGACAGAGCAAUGGACAUCCUCGCUUAUCUUCUAUGCUACGGCCUCGAGAUCAAGGACAAACCUGAGCAACAUGGCAUGUGCCGCGUGCUCUCGUACUUGAUCCAGAGUCUGUCUGCAGAGCGAGCAUUUGGGCAGAAGCUGAGCUCACCUGUCCGGGGCCAGAUACCUCAGAAGUACUCGACGAUGGGCACCGCGGGAGACUUCAUGAUCCAUUCAAUAUAUUCUAUGGUGGCCACGACAUCCGGCAGCCUCACUUCGCUGUACCCUGCCCUCAUCAUCGCCCUCUCAAACUCCGCCCCCUACUUCAGGAACCUCAGCGUGACCUCCUCUGCCCGCCUCCUCCAACUCUUCACCGCCUUCUCGAACCCCUCCUUCCUCCUGUCCGACGAGGGCCAUCCCCGUCUGCUCUUCUUCAUGCUCGAAGCCUUCAACGGCGUCCUCCUGCACAACCUCUCCGAGAACCCGAACCUCGUCUACGGCAUCGUCCGCGCCCACAAACAGUUCGAGGACCUCGGCGUGUUCACCCUCGCCCGUGGCCUCCGCGAGAUCCGGCGCGUGCAGCAAGCCAAGGAGGAGCGCGCACGUCAGCAGGCCACCGGCGGCGCCGACAAGGGCAAGAGCCGCGCGCCCCGGGACGAAGAGGAGGGCGACCCCGCGGCGGAGAAGGCGCGCCUGCUCAGCAGGGAGAUGUCGCUCGACCUCCCGCGGCGGACAGAGUCGACGGACACGCUGCCGGAGGGGCCCGCGCGCGAAGAGGAGCAGCAGGCGUCGACGCGGCCGCUGAUGUCGCCCACGGCGUUGGAGACGCCGGGGAUCAGCACGCCUCCCGGUGGGGGCCAGAACGCGGCGGGGAUGUCGGAGAAGGCGAGGGGCAAGAUGCGGGCGGCGGGCCGGUCGUUGUCGGGGGACAUGACGGGGAGCUUGGAGCGCCUCGCUGCUGCUGGCGUCGGGAGGAACGGAUUCGUACCGACGCAGGAGUGGGUCUCGUCGUGGCAUCAAGGCCUGCCGUUGGAUACUGUCUUGCUCGUUAUUUCUGAGCUGCUGCCAAAGGUGCAGAAGCAGCAGGCCGCGAGCGGGGCGAGUGCUAACAGCGCCAUCAUCGAUAUGCUGAGGAGCGCGAACCUGGAUGACGUCCUCCCGAAGAACGUGCCGCUUUCACCGAGGAAGUUCAUGUGGUCGGACGCCUCCAUCGUCUGGCUCACGUCGCUAAUCUGGGGAGAGAUCUACGUGCGCGGAAUGACACCCCUCGGCAUUUGGAACUCGACAGCCGUGAGGUUGUUCUACGUCAAGCAUGCGCAGUCGCAGCAACGGCAGCUCACGGAUACCGUGACGAAUGUGAUGGGAGGUCUGCUUGGGCGCACGGACUCGUCGCAGUCGCUAGGCAGGCGCCAGUGACAGCGAUUCGGUUUUGACAUUGUGUUGUAGCUAGCUAUGGGUGGAUCUUGUGUAGACUUUACAUGUAUGCGAUGAAUCUUUGUCGUUC